AUGGCAGAAAGAAAGGCCUUGGACUGGGAGGGGGUGAUCAUACUGUUACUACUCCCGCCACUCAUGUUGCAAACAGCUACGUUGCCUUCUGCAUCCUAUGAAUUCAGCGCCUGCCGGAUGCAGCAGUAUAACUUGCAUCAGGAGAAGUACGGCUGCCGUGGCGCAAUUGUAGUGGCUGAGGCUCGGUCUGUUGACGAUCCAGUGCUGACCCGACGCUGUGUUGUCAUGAGGAUGCUGGACUUUACUGUGCAUAGUUACCAAGAGGUAUUGAGGCAGAAUGCAGCUGCUAUCCUCAUUUUGCUGCCCAUCAACCUGACUGCUGUACCCCAAGAUGUCAUCCAGAACUUCAUGGUCAGCGAGGCUAACCUGCUCCUGAACAGCACCUUGAUACCAGUGUAUGUUGCCCUGGAGGACCGGUCACUGCUCUCCAUGUAUGACCAGCUGAAGAUAGAGGUCGCCAGCAGGGCCUCCUCCAUACUUGUUAGAGUAUUCACCAGCAUGCUAACAACCAAUGGAUACCAGAUCCUUGUGAGCAACAACUCCCCAAUCAAACCAAUAACUGAUACGACUAUUAUCACCCUGGAGGGUGUUCUCCCUGGGGCUGGGGAAGACCUUCCUACUAUUGUGGUCACCGCUCAUUAUGACUCUUUCGGCCUUGCACCGUGGCUGUCAUAUGGAGCAGACUCUAAUGGCAGUGGGGUUGCAAUCCUCCUGGAGCUGGUCCGACUCUUUCACCACUUGUAUAGCAGUCCGUGGAGCCAACCCCCGUACCAUCUUCUGUUCACUCUGACUGGUGGUGGGAAAUACAAUUUUCUGGGAACCAAGCGAUGGAUAGAGGAGCACAUGGACCACGCUGAGUCAAGCCUUCUCCAAGACAAUGUGGCAUUUGUGCUGUGUCUCGACACACUUGCCAACGGAGAGGGGCUCUUCCUCCACGUGUCUCGUCCACCCAGGCCUGGCAGCUUACAGUACUCCUACAUCCAGCAGCUGGAGGAGGUGAUUGCUUCCAGGUUUCCCUGGGUAAAACUGAGGUUGGUCCACAAGAAGAUUAACCUUGGAGAAUCUACAGUGGCUUGGGAGCAUGAACAGUACAGUGUGCAUAGAAUUCCUGGCUUCACUGUGUCUCAUCUGAAAGACCCACAGGCUGAGCUCAGGGGCUCUAUCUUGGACACCAUCUCUCAGAUUGACAUAAGGAAACUGAAGCGCAACACUGCCAUCAUUGCUGAGUCCUUGGCCCGCUUCAUGUUCAACCUUUCCAGCAAGGGGUCCCCUAAGGAGCUGCAACUUUUUAAGGGUCACAUGGAGAUUCAGGACAGCCGCCUGUCUGCACUGCUGUCCUUCCUCUCAGCAGUUCCACGAGCAACUCAGCUGCUAGAUCGUGAGCCUGGACCACUCCUGCUGGUCAGAUCCCUGGAGCAGCAGCUGAGUCAGUACCUGCAGCAAGUCCACAGACACACUUUUCGACCCAACCACAGAGAUCCAGAGGUAACAUUUUUUGACCAAAUGAAAGAGCCAGUGAUGAUGUACAGGGUGAAGCCUGCAGCAUUUGAUCUAUUUCUUGGAGGAUGUAUUUCUGCCUACUUAGGAAUAGUUUACUAUGUCAUCCAGCAUUUCGGAAAUCUCUACACCAGACUGACCAGACUGGCCAUGAGGACUAAGCAGCAGUGA